AUGGGCAGCACUUGGAGUUCCGGCAGCUUCUUGCUCCCCCACUCGCGGUCGGCGUUGACCUCCCAGCUCCAAAUCAAAGACGUGUUGGCUCUGUGUGAGGAUGGCGACCUGCUUCUUACGCGUGAAAAACUCGCCGACUCGGCGUUGCGUGUGGGGGUGGAGUUUGUCGUGGCUCGGGACAUUCAACGCAUGCAGCGCGGGCAGUUUCCGUCUCAGCGCGUGACGUCCUUGCCCCGUACGUUGCGUUACGUAUCUUCGGUCUGGUGCUGGCUCAUUGAGGCUAACUCGCUCUGCUCGCCCAUCAGCGUGGACCAGCUGCUGCUGCGCCACGAAGGAGCUUUGCGCGUCGUCGCGGUCAACGCAAACGGGUUGGAGCUCGUCCCAUUCGAAGAGCGAGUUGCGAGCAAACUACCUCACAUCCACGAUCGUUACGCAAUUCGCCGUCUCCGAUAUGACGCGCGUAGUGAGAGUCUUUCCUCGGCGCUGCGAGAUUUGGCGCUGCAGAUUGCAUCGGUAGCCCCGAUUUCAUGGCACUCGCUGUUGUUCCCUGACGCGGCGGUGAAAAUUUCUCCAAGAUCCCCAAGGUCUCCACGGCAGCAGCCAGUAGAUCAUAACGCAGUCGUAAAUGCUCUGAAGGUGCUACCACCGCUGCUGCGGCAAUUGCUACGACGGACGUUAGAGAAAUUGAAGCGCGAGUCGCCGCUGUCUGACGCCCAACCAACAGAGCACAACAACCUGGAUGCGUCAAAACCAGAGAACCAAGCUACUGCUGCUGAGUUUCGCAUUGCCUUCGAAACUCUAGGGGUCGCCGAAUUCACCUCUCGCCUAAGCGCUGCAUUUGUAGCUGCAGUGUACGAGCACGUUCAGCUCCUGGACCCGAUCACUUGUGGUACUAGGAAUGAGCCUCUCGCCCCUGCGGCCUUUUGGUCAGCCAGCAACGACAGUGUGCGCAUCGCCCUCAAUCCUCCUACUGCUCUGGGGCUUGAGAUGGCUCUCACCCGACCAAAUUGA